GCACCUAAAGAUAGCUGCCUGUCUGAAAUGAAAAAAGGGACCAUAUUUCCUGCCAAAAUAAUUGAGACCUGUCAGAUGGUAGCUUUUCAUCUAAAGAGAGCAGAUUGAGCUUCACCCAUGAGCUUCCUCCUGAAUGAGGAGGACUGAUCAUAAAUGAUUCAGCGGAGAAGGGACUAUGGACAAUAAGCUGACAUUAUUUUGUCCGGCUUUAUAGCCCUGCAGUCUCUUUUGGGGGCCCGAAGAAAACUGCGUGUAAGGCUAAUUCCCUGGGUACGCAUCAAGGCAGCGGUGAGGACUGUCCUGUGGUUGCUGGCAAAGACAGCCACUACUGGAAGGUAUCCCUGUCUCCCAGUGCUGCGGGAUGAUAGUCACUGCUCUGGGGUGACACACAAGAGCUAAGAGCUUACUACCUACUAAACUCUCCAGCGGCGAAGGGUUGUGCUGGUAAACUUGGCGUUCAGGUAGGACAGCGGCUGAGGGUAUACAAGAGCACGAAAACAAAGCGGCAGGGAUCACUGUGCUCCCUUCCAAGUACAAUACCGUUGUGCAAAGUAGUGAGAAGGUGAAGCCAGUUUAUGAAAGACAGUGUCCAGCCAAGCAACAGACGGCAGAGUUACGGUCGCUUGCUAACAGCCCCGAUCCAGGGCUGGGAAGCCUUAGACGAGACCGACCGAAGAGUGAACGAAGGGCGGGAGAGGAACGUCCCUGGCCACCUCACGGGCUAAAGGCUUCAGCGGGUGAAAACAAGCCCCCAUCACAGUACACGUGGAAGACUGACUCGCAGCCUGCCGUAUCUGGACCUUACGUCUGAUGGCGGGUACGGGAACUGAUUUGGGAGACGCUCUGCGUCCGUCGUGAUGCAAAAUGCUGUCGGGGCAGAGAGACUGCGCUGGACCCUCGGCGACGCCGUGCAGCCCGGGCCUGCUUGAGCCAAGGGGGCUUCAGCGCUGUCGACUGCCUCGCCUGAGAGGCAAGAAAAUAACACAGGAUGCUGUUAACUAUCUUACUGAAGCUCUUCAGUCCGUCAAUGAAGUAGAGCUUGAAGAUGUAAUUGAAAACAUCAUUGAUGCUGUUGAAAAACAGCCUCUGUCAUCUAAUAUGAUUGAACAGGCCGCAGUGGAAGCAGCCGUCCAAGAAUGUAGCCAAGCAUCAGAUGAAACUGUAGAAAAUGUUUUCAACAUUAUUGGGGCCUUUGAUAUUCCACGUUAUAUUUAUAACUCAGAAAGAAAGAAGUUUUUACCUCUGUCAAUGACCAACGUUCCUGUACCAAAUUUAUUUGGAACUGCCAGAGAUAAAGCAGAGUUAUUUCGUGAACGCUACUCCAUCUUACAACAGAGGACUCAUAGACAUGAGUUGUUUACUCCUUCAGCAGUCGUCGUUCAUCCUGAUGACAGUAGGAGCAAAUUCCAGCUUAAAACAGUAGAAACUCUACUGGGCAAUACAGCUAAAGUGGGGGAAGUGAUUGUCCUUGGGAUGAUAACUCAGCUCAAAGAGGGGAAAUUUUUCCUAGAAGAUCCUACAGGAGUUGUCCAGCUAGACCUUAGUAAAGCACAGUUUCACAGCGGUUUAUAUACUGAAUCAUGCUUUGUUUUGGCAGAAGGUUGGUAUGAAGAUGAAGUUUUUCAUGUGAACGCUUUUGGAUUUCCACCUACUGAGCCUUCUGCUACGACUAGAGCCUACUAUGGAAACGUAAACUUCUUUGGAGGGCCGUUUUCAGCCUCAGUAAAGGCUUCUGCAAAACUAAAACAGCUGGAGGAUGAAAAUGAAGAUGCCAUGUUUGUAUUUGUUUCCGAUGUAUGGCUGGACCAAGCAGAAGUACUGGAAAAGCUUCAUACAAUGUUUGCAGGUUAUUCCUCUGCACCUCCAACCUGCUUUUUCUUUUGUGGAAAUUUUUCAUCUGCACCAUAUGGAAAAAGUCAAAUUCAGUCACUGAAAGGUUCUUUGAAGGCACUUGCAGAUAUAAUAUGUGAAUAUCCCAGCAUUCAUAAAAGUAGCCGAUUUGUGUUUGUUCCUGGCCCUGAAGACCCUGGUCCUGGCUCUAUUUUACCACGACCUCCUCUGGCUGAAAAUAUCACUCAUGAAUUCAGACAGUUGGUGCCAUUUUCAUUUUUCACCACAAAUCCUUGCAGGAUUCAAUAUUGCACGCAAGAAAUAAUUAUCUUUCGUGAAGAUUUGGUAAACAAAAUGUGCAGAAACUGUGUCCGCUUCCCUAGCAGCAACAUGGAUAUUCCUAACCAUUUUGUAAAGACUAUAUUAUCACAAGGACAUCUGACGCCACUUCCGCUUUAUGUUAGCCCUGUGUACUGGGCCUAUGACUACUCCUUGAGGGUGUAUCCUGUGCCAGAUAUGCUCGUGAUUGCAGACAAAUAUGACCCAUUCACUGUCACCAAUACUGACUGCCUUUGCAUAAAUCCUGGUUCAUUUCCAAGAAGCGGAUUUUCAUUCAAGGUGUUCUACCCCUCCAACAAGACAGUUGAAGACAGCAAGCUCCAGGGUCUCUGAAUUUCUGCAAGACUGCAAAAAAAGAAUGAAGUGUUUGUGAAGUUACUGUAGUACUCAUUUUAGAUGGAUUGAUUUUAUUAUGUAUUACUGACUGUUCAGAAUAAAUGUCAAAGCUAAAACUGGUAUAUUUUGUAAAUAAAUAAACUUUUACA